GGUAUCCCACAGUCACGUGGGAACCACAAGGAGGAGGAUGUUGUGAUCAGAUAAUUUAAGAGGUUGUAGGGACUGGCUGAAAGCUUUUUGACCCAAGAAAACAUGAGAGCAGAUUGCAUCCACCUUUCCAUACAUGCCACAUGUAGAUAGUAUUAAAUGUCAUGAUUCUUACUUCAGAUUGAACAUUUGUUAAAUUGUGCUAUGAGGCUGCAGUGCCAUUCAAUGUUUAUUGGCAUGCGGGGGUUAUACUGAGAAAGUACCAAUUAUUUAUCCAUAGGAUUGGUUGGUUGAUUAAUUAAUUAUUUUUCCUUUUUGGUUUCAGAAUCAUAACUAUGGAUGCUAUACAAACUGCAAAUACGGCUUUUGCGGUUGAUCUGUUCAAAAAACUGUGUGAAAUGGACAAAACUGCUAAUGUUAUUUUUGCUCCACUUUGUACAUCAACUUCUCUUGCUCUAGCAUAUAAAGCAGCUAAGGGUGACACAGCAACCCAAAUGAAACAGGGACUCCAUCUAGAAGAUGUCAAAGAUAUUCCAUUUGGAUUCCAGACAAUAACAUCCGAUACUUCCAAACUUAGCUCAUUUUACUCAUUAAAAAUGAUUAAGCGGCUCUAUGUAGAAAAAUCUCUUAAUCCUACAACGGAAUUUAUCAGUUCGGUCAAAAGACCCUUCCCAUCAGAAUUUGAAGUAGUAGAUUUUAAAGACAAGGCAGAAGACACCAGGCUGCAAAUCAACAAAUCUGUUUCCGAUCUUACUGAUGGUAAAAUGGAGAAUGUUUUAAUUGAGGAGAGUGUCAAUGACCAGACCAAGAUCAUCCUGAUAAAUGCAGCCUAUUUUAUAACAAACUGGAUGAAGAUGUUUCCUGAGGGGCAAACCAAGGAAUGUCCAUUCAGAAUAAGCAAGACGGAAACCAAACCUGUGCAGAUGAUGAACCUGGAAGCUACAUUAUGCUUGGGCUACAUAAACGAUUUAAAAACCAAAAUUCUGGAACUCCCAUGUCAUAAUAAACAUAUAAGCAUGCUUAUCUUACUACCUAAAGAUAUAGAGGAUGAUACAACUGGAUUGGAGCAGCUUGAGAAGGAGCUCACCCCUGAGAAGCUGGUACAGUGGACCAAUCCUAGCGUGAUGGCCAACAGUAAAGUUAAUGUAUUUCUCCCCAAAUUCAAAGCGGAAAGUGAAUAUGACUUCAAACCAAUUUUAGAAAGCCUUGGUAUGACUCACAUGUUUGAUGAGGAUGCAUCAGAUUUCUCUGAAAUGUCAGAGUCCAAAGGCACUGUUCUUUCCAAGGUCAUUCACAAAGUCUCUCUGGAAGUAACUGAAGAAGGAGCAGAGUCUCGAGAUAUUCCUGGAUACCGGAUCCUCCAACACAAAGAUGAAUUUAAUGCUGAUCAUCCUUUUCUUUACUUGUUUAAGCACAACAAAACUCGCAGUAUUGUAUUUGCUGGUAGGUUCUGUUCUCCUUAAACAGAAUAGCUCAUAACAACAAAAACAAACAAACAACCCCCCCCACCAAACCUGUUACCACCAUUUAUGACCUAUUCAAAAGUAAUCUAAGCAAGUUCCCCUGUUAAUGAAGUUGUAUAACUUCCCAUUCAAGUGAAUUUACAAAGGAGUGGCCAUAUUAUUAGUUGUAGCAAAAAUAAGUAUAGGGACAUCUAAAAGACUGAAAAAAAUCAUUAUGGCAUAUCCUUUAGUGAACCGUAGUUGAUUUCAUCAAUAGAUACUAUAUACCUAUAGAUGGGAAGAAGGUUUCUUGUUUACACAUGGAGUAAACUUCAGAACAAAUUCAGCAAAAUGUAUCUUUCAUAUGCAGCAAUAAAACAAUAUGUGAAGUUGUAUUAUGUCUGAAAAAUACUGCAGUUCUUUUUAUGCUCACUGGCAAUAUUAAAUUUCAACUUUAUUGAAAUGUUUGACUAGGGCACAGCUCAUAUGAGUUUCUGCAGAUCUUAAAAAAACCCCUGAACUUAAAUAACUAAUUUGUUACCUGAAGAUCAGAAAUUUUAUAUUUGUCUGGACUUCAUUACACUAAUCACAGUUAAUAUGGAUUUUUUUCUUAGUCAAAUUAGUUUAACACUAUGUAACAUUUUCUUUUGGCUGUUUAUUAUUCUUUUGGUGGUUAUUAAUUUAGAUUAUCUUAAUUUGUUCCAAAUAAAG